AACGGUGUCUGCACCUCGAAAUGUUUACUUGCGGAUACCUUCUACCGGAUACCUAAUUCUUACCACGCUUGUGGCCCACCUUCGUUUCUCGUCUCCAGGUCUCUCAGUGUGUUGUUGUUGUCGACCACCACGUUCCGCUCGCUCCCGCCCUUUUACAAUUCAAAUUUGACUAUUACCUUUAAUUCCAUAAUCAGGACCAGUCAUAUUCCUCCAAUAUGCGCUACUCUGCUGCUCUUGCUGCCGCUGUAGCCGUUGCCCCCAUCGUUAGUGGCCAUGGAACCGGCCUCCCUAACAUUGUCGGAUUAGAUCCAAAGGACACCAAGGCUCGCGACUUGCUUUCAGGUAUCGGAGCACGAUUUACUGGCGUCAACGAGAUUGCCAGUGCCAAGAACAAGGUCAAGACACAAAUUGUCCGCCGCCAGGACGACCGCCAAUGUGGAGAUGGCAUUGGCAACUGCUCUGCUGGCCAGUGCUGCUCAGCCGCCGGUUACUGCGGAACUGACAGCGACUACUGCUACUCUCCGGGCUGUGAUUACAAGCAUGGCCCAGCUUGCCCCGAGAACGUGACACCAGCAGGCACCAACACCACCUCGAUUGCUCGUACCCAGUUCGGAAGUGUCCAGUUUGGUGGCGACGGUAUCUACAGCUGCACCGAACCAGGAACCGUUGCUCUCACAUACGAUGACGGCCCCCAGAAGGUUUACACUAGCCACAUUCUUGAUGUCAUGGCUUCCUACAACGCCAAAGCUACCUUUUUCAUUACUGGUAACAACAUCGGAAAGGGUCAAAUCGACAUCACCCCUGAAUUCGUCCAAGUUAUCCAGCGUAUGGACUCUGAAGGCCACCAGAUCGCUUCGCACACCUGGACUCAUUUGGAUCUGAGCGCCAUCUCCGCGCAGGAUCGCCACGACCAGAUGAUUAAGAACGAGAUGGCUCUGCGCAACAUUGUCGGCAAAAUCCCCACCUACAUGCGUCCUCCUUACUCAAGCUGCACUGCUGAGUCUGGCUGCGAGCAAGCUAUGGCUGACCUUGGCUACCACGUCACCUACUUCGACUUGGACACUGAUGACUACGAGCACGACGACCCUACUCUGAUUCAGUACUCCAAGGACGUUUUCAACGGCAACGUUUCCUCGGGCCCAGCCGCCAGCAGCCAAUGGCUCGAGAUUGGCCACGACAUCCACGAACAGACUGCCAUGAACCUGACCCAGUACAUGCUCUCCACUCUUACCCAGCUCGGCUACAAAGCCGUCACUGUUGGUGAAUGCCUUGGCGACCCUGCCGAGAACUGGUACCGUAAGGCUGGUGGCGCUAGCACCGGUGGUUCCACAUCUGGAACCACAAAGCCUACUUCUGCUGCCCCUACUCCCACCGGAACUAAGGUGGUGUCCACUGAUGCUACCUGCGGUGGUACCAACGGAUUCACCUGCGCAGGAUCCACCUUCGGCAAUUGCUGCAGCUCUGCAGGUUGGUGCGGUAGCACCAACGACUACUGCGGUACUGGCUGCCAGACCAGCUUCGGUACCUGCGGUAACAGUGCCGGCUCAACCACCUUGAGCACUGCUGCUGCGCCCAAGCCCACCACCGCCGCUAAGGCUUCCACCGACGGAACUUGUGGUGGAACCUCUGGCUUCACUUGCAUUGGCUCGACUUUUGGAAACUGCUGCUCGCAGUACGGAUGGUGUGGAAGCACUGUUGAUCACUGCGGCACCGGAUGCAAUGCUGCCUUUGGAACGUGCACUUAAGCUAGCAAUUGUCAAAUUCUUGAUCAUCAUAGCAAGGAGGCUUUCUUUUAAAGCAUCUUGGGGAAAAAUUUGCCUCUUACGAGAAGAUGUGAGAGCAUAUGUACAACUCUUUUUCUGUGUUCGCCUGAGAGUAAUGUACAAGUUUCGUUCAACGAUAUCACGGGGUAAAAAAGCUAGUUUUUAACCACCAUCUUUUUUCCCC